AUGACACCACUCUCCCACCACCCAUCCCUCCGCUACCUCUCCACCUUCUUCAGCGCAAUAUUUCUCGCCUUCGGACUGACCUACAUGUUCUUUCCCGGCACAGGCUACUCCCUUUACGGCUUCACCAACAGCCCCACCACAUCCUCUGAAUGGGUCAUGAUGGAGCGCGUCAUGGUUCUCUACGGCGCCAAAGACGUGUUCGUGCUUGCGGGGGCGUAG